CUCCCACCAACCCUCUGCUCCAAUUGGCCUCCAUCACCUUGCCCUAUCUUGCAUGCUCGCUGACCAUGCAGACAUACUAGGAACUACAUACUCGCGUGCGCUGAAUGCCCGAGCGAACGGCCGAGGCCGAGGCCGAAGGUUCCACAUCGAGCUAUCUCCGUAUUCCCCGUGGCGAUCCCUUCUUCAAACGCCACUCCAACGUGGAUUCGGAUAAGAUUCCGUCAAGAGUUUUAAAGGUUUUGGCGUCUUGGCUUCAAGAGUUGAACCGUUGAAGGUCUAGAUGUCAAGACCCAGGUCAGUGAAGACAGCGGACUAGCAAUCCUUCGCACAUCAGAAAGCUGCUACUGAUGCUUGACUACAAGAGAAAAAAAAGUCUUCAGGAAAGCGUUUGCCAUUUAUUGUCUGGUGGUUCCUGUCCCACGUCGCCCGGAAUUAAAAAAUUCUUGGUACCCCAGCCCUGUGACGUCGGCUUUUUUCAGUGCCUCCUUGCC